UGGUGCAAUGAUGCCACUCAAAAGCUGGCUGGCACUUUCUUGCUGUAAUUUCCGCGCGUGAUAGAUCACCCAAAUUGCUAUCUUCUCAUCGCAUACUCUCGAGCAACCACAGGGAGACUAAACUGCGAUGACCGGUUUAUUUGCCAUAAUAUGGAAGGAAAAUCCAUUUUGAUUUCACCCAGGACAACGCCGGAGGAAGUAUAAGAAGUUGUUUCUACCAUCCCAACAUCCAUCGGUUUCUCCAGUUCUACAGCCAUGCUGUCCAUCUUCGCUGUACCUUUUCUUGCUUUGUCCGUUGUAAGCGCGAGCACACCCAUCGCCCGCUCCACCUCACCCGUCGUGGGAACUUGGUAUGCCGGCUGGCACGCUACUGAAGGGUUCCCCCUAUCUUCAGUCAGCUGGGGAAAGUACAAUACAGUGUACUACUCAUUUGCAAUCCCCACUUCAAACGUGGACAGUUUGAGCCUGGACGGCUCUAAUGGCGAUCUGCUUCCUCAGUUCGUUUCCGACGCCCAUGCAAAUGGUGUUGCAGCCCAUAUUGCUGUCGGAGGCUGGCUUGGGAGUGUUUGGUUCUCUUCUAGCAUUGCCACAUCUGAAAACCGGACGGCGUUUGUGAAGACUGUGGCAAAUUUUGCUUAUGAGUACAACGUUGAUGGCAUUCAGUUCGACUGGGAGUACCCCGGCAGGCAGGGUGCUGGUUGCAACACCAUUAGCGUCAAUGACACGGCCAAUUUCCUAAAAUUCCUCCAGGAGUUUCGCCAAAACCCAGUGGGGGCAAAUCUGACCCUUUCGGCUGCCGUAUCUCUCGCACCCUUCACAGAUGCUAGCGGAAAUCCCUCUGCCGACGUUUCCGGUUUUGCGAAGGUCUUCGAUUACAUCACCUUGAUGAACUACGACGUUUGGGGUUCUUGGUCUUCGGAUGUGGGGCCAAACGCACCGUUGAACGACACCUGCGCCUCGCCCGCGAACCAACAAGGCUCGGCCGUUUCUGCAAUCAAGGCUUGGACUGCCGCGGGCAUGCCGGUCAACCAGAUUGUGCUCGGAGUUGCUUCCUACGGCCAUUCAUUCAGCGUCACUCCCUCUGCCGCCUUCAAGUCUGGCACAAAGAAGCUGGCUGCAUACCCCGCUUUCGAGGCCUCUAAGCAGCCCUUGGGUGACGUUUGGGAUGACACCAGUAGUGUCGAUGUUUGUGGGGUGAAACAGGGUCCAGGUGGCACUUUUAGAUUUUGGGGUCUCAUUGACAAUGGCUUCCUUACCGAAGAAGGCAAGCCUGCUCAUGGCAUCCACUACAGAUAUGACGAAUGCAGUCAGACUCCAUAUGUAUACAAUGAGACCUCGCAAGUUAUGAUCUCCUUCGACAAUCCCAAGUCGCUCGCUGCCAAGGGCAAGUUUAUUAAGGAGACUGGGCUACGCGGUUUCACAAUGUGGGAAGCUGCUGGUGAUUACAACGAUAUGCUCCUUGACUCCAUCAAAAAAGGUUCGGGGCUUUAAAUAUGUCGCCGCUAAUACCAUCCUUUUGCACUCUUCCGGUCACUACUAAAAUGAACUACGUAUACCGCACAUUCACAUAUUUGUCGUGUCUUUCGUACAUAUUGUAGAUUAUCCUUCGCAGUAAAUGUGUUGACAAUCCGUGCUAAUAGUAUUUUUCCUUCUGCUCAUGCUGAAUGAAA